GAUUGUGCGAGGGUAGAUGGUGUUGGGGCGACCCCGCAGGUCGUUCCGCCCUGUGAGGGGUUUGCUGUCUCGGGCCCGGAAUCCACGCCGCGUGGGUCAGAACGGAGUGCCCGCAGGGUCCCGUCUUCACAGCCCUGCUAGGCUCCUGUGGCUUCGUCCAGAGUCCAUCCAUCUCACUUGGUUUUCCUUAGCAGCUAAAUGUGUGUCUCGUCCAGAGCAGUCCAAGAAUGCAGGGAGGCAGCUAUGUGGGAGCACAGUUGUCUGAGUGCGCACCUGGGGCCACAGACCGAGCAGCAGCUGUGUGAGUUCCCAGCCGGCACCAUGAAAGAGUCCCUGUGGGUGCUUGCUGUCACGGUGGCGGCGGUGCUCUCAGUCUUCCUCUUUGUCACAGAAAACCCCUUCGACCCCACGAGUUUCCUCUCCGUGGAGGAAAAGAAGCUGGUAGCUUGGCAGAGAGCCCGGAUGCAGCUCGACCCUGGUAGAACACACCACCUGGAAACCUUCAAAGGCAUGCAGAAAAACUCAGAACCACUCAGAAAUGUGAACUCCCGAAUCUUGAUUGGAGCCCCUCCCGGCAAAAAGAAACUGCUGGCCAUAGGCAUCUCUGCAGCGCCCCCUCCCCAGGGGAGCAGCCUCGUGGGCACCCUGCGGUCCCUCUUCUCUGCCUCCUCCUCGUCGGAGCGGAAACACUUCACUGUCCUGCUGCACGCGGCGGGCCCCGACCCCAAGGGCUCCGGGUGGCCCACUCGGAUGACCCGCAACCUCUCGGCCCUGUUUAAACCCCACGUCCAGGCCAGAGAACUUGUGGUGAUCACCACUCCACUUGCAAGCAGCCUGCCCUCGAAGGACCUGAAGGACACCGUUGGUGACCCUCCUGCCCACGUGGCCCUCCGCUCCGGGCAGAACAGGGGCUACGCCUCCCUCAUGAACUCCGCCACCCAGCUCGCUGACUACUUCCUGAUGGUCGAAGAUGACGUGCGCUGUGCCCCUGGAUUUGUGACCCAGAUAGCCACCGCGGUGUCUGCCUGGGCGCACCGGCCGUGGGCGACUCUGGAGUUCUCCCGGCUGGGCCUCACCGGGAAGCUCUUCCGCACGGGAGACCUGCCCCGAGUCGCCCGCUUCCUCCUCCUCUUCCACCGGGAGAUGCCCUGUGCCCGGCUCCUUGCCCACUUGUGGGACCUCGAGCGGAGCACGCCGGUCCAGUUCCUGCCCCCCCUCUUCCAGCGCUCGGGCGGCUCCUCCCACUUUGAGGAGGAGGACAUCGGCUCGCCCAGCAACCCAGCGGCCUCCGUCCACACCAGCCUGGAGGCCGCCAACAACUCUGUCCCCUCAAGCGCCUACAGCCUGGACGAGAGCUGCUUCUGUGCCAGGUCGGCGGAGGCUGGCAGCCACCUGACUGUGGUUCUGGACACACCCGCCCAGGUGUCCCGAGUGCAGGUGCAGACAGGCUCUGGCCCGAGAGGGGAGAACCAGCUGAAAGAGGGGCACGUGGAACUGGGCUAUGACUCCAGCAACAGGGUCAGUGACUGUGACGACUACGUCCUGCUGGGGCCCCUGGUGGACGGCCGCCUGGACAGGCGGGUGCUGUCGCACAGGGCCGGGAGGAAGGUGAAGUGUGUGCGUGUGCUUGUGACAGCCCGCACACCCUCCGCCGUCGUGCUCAGGCACAUCCGCCUGUGGGCUGGGUGAAGGGUGCGUCUCAGCUGGAGGGGCCACCGGGAGUUCUGGGGCGGGUCAGGUUGGAGGUCAGAGUCUGCAGAGCUCAAAACCCAAAACAUGACCGUGUCGAAACCCGUGGGGUGCCUUUUGGGACCCUUCCGGGACUGCUGGUCCGGAAGACGUGGCACAUUGAAAGGAGAAAGUGACGAGCUCUGGGCCCCAGAGACACAGGUGGACAAGGUGGGCUCACGAAACCCUUCCUGGGUCCCUCUGCCGAAGGCCCACCGUUCAGAAUCCUCGCACGGGGCAGGAGCAGUGGGUGGGGCUGGCCAGCACUCAUGCCCUGAGACGAGAGAAGACGGGGGGGGGGGGUCUGUUUUCCCACCAGCACCAAACAGACUCCCCGAACGUCCAGUGUGGCGGCGGCGGCAGGAGACAGGCCUGUGUCCCCGGAGUCUGCUCUACACCAAAGGCAGCCGUCCCGUGACACUGACCCCUUCACGUUGGGUGGGCAGAGUGCUCUGGCCCGUCACCACCCAGCAUGCCAGGUGCUCCUUCCUGAAUAGCCUCAGAAUCACCGAAAAUCGCUUGCUCUGCUCUGGUAGCUUCUGUGUCCAGCAGUCUCAUCUCUGGGACUAUAAGGCAACAUGGAUGUUUCUGAUGGGAAAAACUUCGGAUACUUUACUUUUAUUUUUAGCUCCGUGUGGCUGUGAGAUUCCCAGAAAACGUCUGAGCCCUGAGCUCAGCUAAUGUGCAGGGUCUGGUUUUCGCCAGCUGGAGAAUUGCGACCCGUGGUGGCAGGGAGGGAAGCAAGCAAAGGAGAGCUUUGAGACGGACAUCUGGGAAGAGCGCCAGUCCGAAGCCAGGCGCUGCGUCCACACCAGCUGUCGUCAGAGCGGACACAGGCUGGAGCGUCUGGAAACAGGGUGGCGGGAGAGGGAUGAGGGGGGUGGGGAUACCCAGUAAGGGUGGCAGGGAGCAGCUCUGGGCACCCCAGGCUGGAGGCCACCCGGUGAGUCACAGCCCUGGCCUGGUCCCUGAACUGGAGCCAGUUUUCACGUCCACACGCGCCGAUGGGAGAGGCGGGCAGGUCCCCGGAAGGAGAGACCCUGGGACACACGGGCCCUGUGAGAUCUCCAGACGCCCUCCCCAGAGGCACCUGCACCUGCACAACAGGGAGAGGGAGACGCCCGGACACGCGGGGAGUUUGGACUCCAUUUAGGGACGGAAGCUUAGGCCACGCCACCAGGGAAGCCACCCAGCUGUCUGCUGGGACAGCUGAGGUUUACAAGGGUGGGCCUAUUCCAAGGCCACCGGGACUGUCCCCCCCCCCCCCCGGCCUGUCUGAGGCUGCGCUGAUGUGUCUGGUGCCGUCUGCACAGCCCCUCCUUCCAACGCUCCCAUGGUUCAAACCCGCAGGUCAGCCUCAGAGGCUGUGUUGCACCACCCACCCGCUCCCACAGUUCCCGGCGCACGGGUCUUAUCUUGGUGUGGGAUUCAGAGUGGACUCAGCCGGGCCAGCUGCCGCACUUCCCACAAACCAGAAGGCACGCCCUCCUGCAGUGGGUGGCUCCCCGCAGUGACGAGCCUGGGCCAAGGCUUCCAGUGCUGGGUUCAGUUCCCACCAAGCCCCUGGGCGAGACGCAGCCCCACAGGCACAGAGGUGCGGCUCACGGGUGGGGUGGGUUUCCUUUUUAGUUUUUUAAAAUUGAUCUGAGAGGAAGGAGGGAAGCAGCGACCUGUUGUUCCACCAGAUUCAUUCGUUGGUUGCCUCUUGUACCAGGUGUUGACCCCACAACCUUGGUGUAUCAGGACCGUAUUGUAACCAACUGAGCCACCCAAGCAAGGCUGGGGUAGAUUCCUGAUAAAAAGCGGGGCCGCUCCACCAACUCUAUUUUAAACAAAGUAAGAAGCAGGUCCCAGUGGUUUAGAGAGGGUUAGGCUCCAUUUCCCCAGGGGCGGCCCCCUGCCCUUCCGCCUGGUGCUGCUGGGACCCCGCCCUGCUGCAGGUGUUCCAACGGCACAGGCGAAGAGGGAGCUGAACGGCAGGCUCCGGCCCACGUGGGGCACAGUGCAGCUCCCCAAAAAUGAGAACUGUGGAUUUACAGGACAGAUCAGGCGUUUGCUGUCAAGGCUGCCUAGCCACAAGGGCCCCGGCGGCCAGGGGCCGGGGCCCAGGCCAGGCCUCACCCCAGCAGGAGGGUGGUGAGCUUAGCUUCGCUGAGAUGGCCACUCCUCCCGGCCCAGCGGCGGCAACGCUUCCAAGGAUGCGACGGCAGGCCGGUCAGAAGCUGGGUCUGCCUCCAAUCCAAGGGCU